AUGUUGCCUGGCAUCAAUUUUCCCACCACUGCAACCCAGCGUACGGGAAAAUUAGUCACGACCUUUAGAACAGCCGUGCGCAUCGUGUACCUGAUGUUCCUCAAUCCCAAUGCUUCCCCAGCGGACUUCAUCCCGACCCUGCUCAGAUCUGGAGCACCUUACCGUGUUCUCUCACCAUUGGGAGACGCUACUCCCCACCCGCUAGUUGAUCAACCUCCCUACCUAGCCACUCGUCAUGAGUAUACAGGAUUAAAUCUCAAUGACCCUGGUUACUGGGAAAACUACAAAAGCAAUGUCAAAGGACUGCUUGGCAGACCAUACGCUCGUCGCUUUUUGUCGCUUGGAGGGAUCUUGUGGUGUUUGGCUCUUCAGUUUGGUCCGGCUGACCUCAUUGAUCGUGCUCUUGCAGGACCCUCCUCGGAUGUGACUGACUGGGCAAGCGGGGAUAUGUUGGACGGGUUUUGUGAUGAUAUGGUAACACCUGCGGACAAAGGCAUUCUUCUUGGCCGUAGUCUGCGAGGAUCGGAAACAUGCUGGCCCCCCUAUGAUCUUUGGGAUGCAUCUACUGAGUGGACAGGUCGCUGGACUGAUGAUAAUGAGUCGUGGUUUCAAUCACACCUCUCCAAUCUUUCAGAUGGUAGACUCAACGCUCCAAAAAGUCGCCAAGUCUGGAGAAAACUCUUCAAACCGGCUCCGGCAGUCAUAUCAGAAGAACUAGCCCAUCGCGGGACUGACCCGCUCGCUCGUACUGUAUUUGGUCAAUUGGGUCACUCUGUAGAUUGUGAACCUUCUUGGGACCUGGCACAAUACGAGGCUAAUACAUAA